AUGUCUGUCCAGCCAAGAGAACAUAUUUCGUCUAGCACUGGCACUACUCGAUGCCCUGUCGAGCUUCAAUGCUGUAUAUCACAGGACAGCAUGCGUCGCAAACCAGCUGCAACUGCUAAAUCACUUCCCCCCUCUCAACUCGACACCAUUUCGCAGAAGGCUAAAUCACAGACAAUUUGUGACGGUCCUCUGCCCACUACUGCAAGGCUGAGCCGAGUAUUUUCUUUCCCUCAAUUGGGUACGAAUACCAACAAGUCAACGAACAUUAUUCCAGUGAUCCCGACUCAAUCCGAUAGCAGCAGUCGCAGUAAACGAUUGGUUCGACAUCCCUCGCGAAAUCACUCGCGACAUUUAUCAUCAAUGUCAAAUUUCGCUCAGACAUCCUCCUCGCAGCAUGCUACCCCCUUCACUAGCACACUACCUCGACCACCUUCGACGUGCGUUACGGACAUAGCAUCAAAGAGGCCCACAAACAAAACAUCCUGUUCACUCCCAAUCUCUGUUGAAGAUGAAACGGACGAGGAAAGUGAUGAUACAGUUGCACGUUAUCAGAAAAUAAGGCAACUGCAAAUGGCCAGGUUGGCUAAACUGACUCGUCACUUGGGCGAGGAUAUUCCGCCGGAGUUGGUUUUAUCUUCCACUCUUCCAACAAAUAUACUCGAAUCCAGGAGUCUGGUAGACAGCCUUUCAAUACAUUCAAGUAAGGACCACCGGAGAUGGCGGAGUUUGGACCCCACAGAAGACUCCCAAUCGGCACCAGCACUUCCAAGCUCGUGCAAGCUAAGGAAGAGUAUGUCACUGCGUGAUACAGAAGGCGUUCUGCGACCGCAAACCCGCAGUGAGCGUGCCGUCAAUGUCAUAGACGGCAAGCUCCCGUAUGUUUUCCACCCUCCACAGACAGAGGCAGAUCUCCUUCAUUCUCAACCCACAGGCUGUAUCGCGGCUUCUAUAAACGGACACGAUGAUGUUUAUCAUUCGUUGAUGUCGACUUCAAAUGCUCCCUGUGGUUCUCAGGACUCUUUACAUCCACUACCCCCUACAUUGUUACUCACCUCGACACCUAAGCGAUCACAAUUUCAUGGGAACCCGGUCGCGGCCGAGUUGACCCUUGACAAAAUCUCGAAUAUGGAGUGCAGAGAAGAAAAACCAGACAAGUUUCUUGGCGUCGGCAUCAACCCCGAGUCAAUAUCUCUAACAGAUCGAUCACUAUACCCAACCGACGUAGCAGUUGGCAUCCGUCACUCCUUAACACAAAUCCCCCCAUGCUCUCAGCUCGAAGUCAAGGUGCAAAUCAGCAAAAGGACUCGUUUCUGGCGGAUGAAAUUCGGGAAGGAUGUGGUGCAGACUCUGCAGAGCACUAAUCCUGGGGAUAUUGCGAAGCAGCUGAGGGAGAUGAAAGCUUCUAUAUAA